AUGGCCACCCACCAUACUAAAAAUUGUAAUUUAAUCACUAAAUACUAUCGAAAAGAUGAACGUAAAAUACUUCAAAAUGUGUUAAGGGUUCUUGCGAAGGAUCUAAGAGCGGAAAGGUCCGGAAAGCUUUGGAAGUCGUUCCCGCCUUGGGGGCGCGAUGAGAAUCCACUCCAGCUUGGAAUACGUAAAAUGUCUUCAAAAAAGACGUUUUCUUCCUCUACGCAUCAGAAAUCAGAGCAUCCACGUAGAGUUUUUGUCAAAGCAGAAUCAAAACGCUUGUGGCGAGAGAAAUUUAAACAACAAUGUUUACGACGGGUUAAAGAGAGUCGUGCUUUUGCUUUUAACGAUCGGAGACUAGGAUUUUGGAAAUUUUCAAAUCAGAAUGAUACAGACGACGAAGAAGAAGUUGCGCAUCAAUGGUUUGUAAAAAAAAUUCUAGAAGAAUGGAAACUUUUUUGGAAAGACGACAAUCUUGAUGCCGUUGAAGAUAUGAUAGAUGAUGAAUUUUUACAAGAAAUCAUGCAAGAAUCGACGUUAGAUGAAUAUGAAGCCGAACUCGCAAUUCAGUGCGAAGAAUAUAUACCAUCAUACGCAGAUGAUGGUCAAAAAGGCCAAAUAGAUAUAAUGGACCUGGAUGAAAAUAUACCGGCUUUGCUGUAG